UUCUGGCGGGUCGGAUAGAGAACAAAUGCAAAAACCCAAAUUUGUAACUUUAAAAAUUGCGCCAGCUUUCCUCUGCUCUGAGCUUGCGAAAUCGAGAGGACGGGGCAAUGAAAGUGAAAAUACUGCAUGGCACGCUGUUGCUUCAUGGACAUGGGAUGCUCAGGAUGAAACUUGUGGGAUAUGUAGGAUGGCUUUUGAUGGUUGCUGUCCUGAUUGUAAACUCCCUGGGGAUGAUUGCCCGCUAAUCUGGGGUGCUUGCAACCAUGCAUUUCAUCUUCAUUGCAUCCUGAAGUGGGUAAACUCACAAACUUCUCAGGCUCAUUGCCCCAUGUGUCGUCGAGAGUGGCAGUUUAAAGAAUGAGCUCAAAAUUGUUUGCACCUCUUUGGCAGUUUCUUUCUAUUAUGUCCCUCAGCUCCUCAUCGCAAUUUCUCUUUAAAAACGAGAUGAAUUACAGGUUUCUUCAAUUCUGUUUAGGUAUUAUGUUAUCUAUACAUGCGAUACUGGAACAUUUUAGAAAGUAUAGCUAUCUUAUUCGCACUCAACCGCCGAGUACCAUUAUUAGUUUUUAGGCCAGUCAUGGUUGGCACCUAUGUUGCGAGGACUCUCCAAAAUGUAGCCGCACCCGUGUCGGAUCCUUCAAAAAUGCACUACUAUUGGAGGAUCCGACACGUAUCCUGCCACAUUUUCGAAGAGUCCGAGCAAUAUAGGUUGGCACAGAAUAAUGUGGGUGAUUGUAAAUUUAGUUCAGGAUUCCAAUAUCUUUUCCAUUUUCUUUCUUCCUUAAACUGUCUGAAAUAUACCAUUCACAUCCCUCUGUGAUUUAUAACAUGAGUAAGAGGCAAGACAAAAGGACUUCCUUGACGUUA